AUGUUGCUACAAUUCUCCUUGACUGUGGCGCUGAGCGCCGUGUCGCUUGUGAGCGCCCAGGAUCCCAUCACUAUCACCGGAUUCUCCAUUUCCGAAGGCAGCGCUGUGCCUCUGAGACAGAACAUCAAUGAGCUGCAGUCUGCCGGAGGCGCCCAGUGGGACCUCUACCUUCGAGCGUUGGCUGAGAUGCAGAGCCAAGAUUCCGCCGAUCCUCUAUCGUUCUUCCAAGUAGCGGGAAUUCACGGCAAACCUUACAUUGAGUGGAACAACAGUGGCAAGAUGAACAGUGAUGGGUGGCAAGGAUACUGCCCUCACGGUGAACGACUCUUCUUGACAUGGCACCGACCCUACGUCGUACUCUAUGAGCAAAUCUUAGUUGCCACCGCCCAGCGCAUAGCAGCGGAAUAUCCCCAGCGAUAUCGCUCUCAAUAUGUUGCCGCCGCCCGAAACCUCCGUGCGCCUUUCUGGGACUGGGGCUCCGACGACAUCCCCAACGCUGUCGUCCCUUCAAAGAUGACCGUCAAUAUUCCCAGCGGCAACGGCAUCAAAGCUACACAGAUCGAUAACCCACUCUCCACCUUCAAGUUCCCUGCUGCGGCGCUCAACGGCACCUACGGUUCAUUCGAUAGCCGGAACCGAUCCCGUAUCUCCCGCUGUCCCUCGCCGGACAGCUUCCCCGACUCUGCGAACCAGCUCCUGGCCGACCGUCCCUAUAAGUCGUGGGUGUACGAUGCCUUUACACACACAAACACCUUUGACGAAUUUUCCUCUACCGGAAACGGCGGCACGAGUCUGGAGCAAAUCCAUAACGCCAUCCACUGGGACGGAGCUUGUGGUGGACAGUUCCUCGCGGCCGACUUCUCUGCCUUCGACCCUCUGUUCAUGCUCCACCACUGCAAUGUCGAUCGACUCUGGGCAUACUGGCAAGCUAUGAAACCUGACCAGGUCAUGUUCAACCAGUCGUACUCUGGCGGCGCUCGCUGGUCGACUCCUCGCGGAACCACCAUCACACCCAAGUCUCCCCUGGUGCCCUUUUUCGCCGACUCUGAAAACUUCCACACCUCCGAGUCGGUGGAGAGCAUCCAGACCUUCGGCUACGCCUACGAGGGCCUGGAGUACUGGAGGAAGUCAGAGACCCAGAUGCAACAGGACGCUACUCGCCUGAUCAACCGCUUGUACUCCGACACCGAGACCAUGGCCCGUCGGGAGACCCGCCGCAGUGAUUCCUCAACCCGCUUCUUUGCGCGCGUCAAGCUUGACGUCACCGAGGUCGAGCGCCCUUGCUCCGUGAACCUGUACCUGAACGGCAAGAAGGUCGGUGGCCAGGUGGUAAUGCAGCAGCCCACCUGCGGCACUGUCCACGGCGAGUUUUCGCUCGACUCUGCCGUUGAUAGCACCGAAAUCUUUGGAUACCCGGUCGAUAGCGUGGUUGAUACGAUCAUGGCCAACCUCCAGGUCGAGAUCCUCAAGCACGACGGAACCAACAUUCCUAUCGAAGGUGUCCCUAGUUUAAAGAUUGAACUCGAAGAUGUCCAUUUCACUCCCCCUACAAGCGAGUGUGAGCUUCCCAUCUACGAAAAUGCCCGCCGACGCGCGACGACUCCCGUCCAGAAGGCAUCGAGCCCGUGCGGAUGCAAGGACUCGAGCGCCGACAACACCUAUAGCGUCAAGGGCCACUUCGGCAAGGACAAGGAUCGUCAUCAUCAUGUCGUCGGAGGAGUCCACGUCAAAGUCGAGUAUGGAAUUGGAAAAUAG